AUGCCCUUGGACUUGGAUCAAGAUAUUGCACCUAUCCCCCGCUCGCGGGAGGAGAACCAAGAGAGAGCCUUUAUCGCCGCUUCAAGGCGCAAGGAUCGCAGCUUGGAUGCCCGGCUAGAAUCUGCAAAUAGGGCUUCUAUGCUCCAUAAGAAGCGUACAGGCAAAGCAUUUCACAUCACCAAGGAGAUUGUCGAGAAAGAGGCCAUGUAUGAAGAAGUCGACGAACGGUAUCAAGAAAAGCGAAUCAAAAUGCUGCAAGCCCAGAACAUGCAGAUCGAGGAACAAUUCCAUCGCCAUCUUCUCGAGGCUUUCACCAAACGAGCCAGCUACUCGAACGGAUCCUCCAUUGCAAGCCGCCGAGCUAGCAACAUGACCCCGCUUCCUUCAGCCGCCGCCUCCCGCAAGAUGAGCCUGGAUUUAUCCAAUCUUCGCUCUGCAUCUUUCUCCCAAGGUCCAGGGUCGAUGGCGAGUCCGAUAGGCAACAACGAUGGAUAUGCUCUUUCUCCAACGGUCUCAUACGACCCUCACAGCCAGCCCUACAUGGCCUGUAUGAACGGCUCCGAGAGCCCCUACGCCAACAUGGUCCCCAACUGGACAAUGGCGCAGCAGAUCCCUACCCCUGGCCAAACCCCGACAGACGCACAGGCCGUGCAAAUGUGGCAGCAGCAGAUGAUGCAGCUGGCCCCGGAGCCCGUCCAAAUGCAUCACUUCAGAGACCGACUCGCCUCCGCCCCAGAGCUACCUCUGCAGCACCAGGUUUCUCAGCCCGUCCCUCCUCCCCCCGGCCCCACUCCCCCAACCCACGGUCACAGUCGCGGCCAGUCCCAGCCCCAAUCGUCCUUCCGCAACCUGCACCUUCUCACCCAGAGCACCAAUCUCCACGCCCCCACUAUCUCUCCAAAGGUCGAGGCAUUCUCUGCAGACUCUCACUCCACUCCUGAUUUCUGCCCUACGCCUCACACCCCCGUGUCGCCUACGCAUCCGGCUCAGAAGCUCGAGUCAGACUUUGUCUCCGGGGAACUGGACCCUGAUUACACCGAUUUCAGCCAGUUUGCGCUUAAUUUAAGCUCGGACAUGCCCCAUGAGCGCGAUCAGCCAUUCGGAUUCGAUGAUUUCCUUGCCGUGGAUGAGUUUACCAGCGUUUCCUGCUGA